AUAAAUAAUAAGAACAAUAUACACACACAAACACGAAGACAAUAGACAGUGCACCUAAUCAUCAAACACCAAUUUGCCCGCAACAAAUCAGUUUGUAAUAACACACAUACACAAAUCUCUGAUCUCGUGAAAUAAAUCUCGCAAUUAAAUACUUUAAUUAAAUCAAACAUUAAUCUCGCAAAUUAAAUCUCGAUUCCGCAGCCACCGACACUUCGAUAUCGUUCGUUCCAUGGCGCAUUGGCUCAAAGCCGCUGAAGAUCUGUUCGAAGUUGUAGACCGAAGGGCAAAGCUCGUUGUAGGCGACAAACCAGAUGAGGAAAGUAAUUCUCAGGCGCCAGUGUCAAAUGGAAGAGGAUCCAAAGCAAAGAAAACAAGGGGUAAAUCAAAGCCUUCAAAGAAGUUACCCUCAGAUGAAUCGAGUACUCCAGCAGAGAGUAAAGUGGAUCAGACUAGCUCUGAAACAUCUCGCUCAGAUGUAGCAUCCAGUAAAGAUGGAGCUACUCAAUCCAUUGACAACAAUGACAGUGGUCCUAUCAGUUCCACUACCCUUAAUAGCAACGAGGAGCAACAGACUGUUAAAGGAGAUGACUCUGUAGUCGGUACUAUAUCUAGCACAAUCUCUGACAAUGAGGUGAGGCAUGUUGCUGAGCAUGAUGAGGUCUCAGGAACUGUUGCUAAUGUAGAGAUUGUACCGCCAGCUUCUGAUGGUGAUGUUGUCCUUGAGACUCCUUUAGAUGGUCACCAUGGGAUACCAUCAUCUUCACUAGCUUCCAAAAGUGUUGAUAUCAGUGUAAAAGAUCAUGCAGCUGAUUCUGUCGAGAAUGCCAAAGAUACAGAAUCUACUAUGAAGAUGGACCAAGAAAAAUCUCAAGCUGUCAGUGUGGAUGCACCUAUUAUGGAUGUCGAUGCACAAUUGAAAGUUUCUGAGGUGAAGGUUGAAGCUCGACCAGGUCAAAUGAGUCAUCAGGAGAACAAAGAUGUUUCUCCAGCUAAAGUGCAGGAACAGCUCGAUGAGGCUCAAGGUCUCCUCAAAAGUGCAAUUUCCACGGGUCAAUCUAAAGAGGCACGAUUGGCACGGGUUUGUGCUGGACUCUCAUCACGUCUUCAAGAGUACAAAAGUGAAAAUGCUCAGUUAGAGGAACUUCUAAUUUCAGAGAGAGAAUUGAGCAAAUCAUAUGAAAUGCGGAUACACCAGCUAGAGGGAGACUUAUCAUCCUAUAAAACUGAGGUGACUAGAGUAGAGUCAAAUAUGGCUGAGGCUUUGGCCGCAAAGAACUUUGAAAUUGAGUCACUUGUUAGCUCGAUGGAUGCAAUCAAAAAACAGGCUGCUCUAUCUGAGGGGAAUUUAGCAUCAUUGCAGGCAAGCAUGGAGUCUAUAAUGAGAAAUAGAGAAUUAACUGAAACAAGGAUGAUGCAAGCUCUAAAGGAGGAGCUGUCCUCUGUAGAACGGCGGGCAGAAGAAGAGCGUGCUGCACACAAUGCUACGAAGAUGGCUGCUAUGGAAAGAGAAGUUGAGUUGGAACAUCGAGCUCUUGAUGCAUCAACCGCCCUAGCUAGGAUUCAGAGAACAGCAGAUGAGAGAAUGUCCAAAACAGUGGAGCUUGAGAAGAAGAUUGCCCUUCUUGAGGUUGAAUGUUCUUCUCUAAAUCAAGAACUGCAAGACAUGGAAGUUCGUAAUCGUCGCGGGCAAAAAAAGUCUCCUGAAGAGGCUAAUCAGGCAAUUCAGAUACAAGCAUGGCAGGAUGAAGUGGAGCGUGCAAGGCAAGGUCAGAGAGAUGCUGAGAGCAAGCUUUCUUCGUUGGAGGCUGAACUUCAAAAAAUGAGAGUUGAAAUGGCUUCCAUGAAAAGAGAUGCAGAGCAUUAUUCACGACAGGAGCAUAUGGAGCUGGAAAAACGGUACCGUGACCUCACUGAUUUGCUGUAUUACAAGCAAACGCAGCUGGAAGCCAUGUCUAGUGAAAAAACUGCUGCAGAAUUUCAAUUGGAGAAGGAGAUGAAGCGUAUACAAGAGGUUCAGAUAGAAGUAGAGCGCAGUAGAGUUCCUCGUCGAGGGUCAUCGUCCUGGGAAGAAGACACUGACAUGAAAGCCCUUGAGCCUCUUCCCUUGCAUCACCGCCACAUGGCAGGGGCUAGCAUACAGUUGCAAAAGGCUGCAAAACUCUUGGAUUUUGGUGCUGUUAGGGCUACAAGAUUUCUUUGGCGGUAUCCUGUUGCUCGAGUUCUACUAUUAUUCUAUCUGGUUUUUGUGCACCUUUUCUUGAUGUAUUUGUUGCAUCGACUUCAGGAGCAAGAUGACACCUUUGCCUCAAGAGAAGUUGCAGAAUCUAUGGGACUUGUUAACAGUACUUUGUUACCGUAAUAGUCAUGCUCCUGCUAGUAGUAUCAUACCCCCAGUUUUAAUGAUGCAAUGCUGUUGGUGGAAACUGAAACAAGCAGAACCAACCAUAUAGAUUUUGAUAGAAAUACAUGGCAAUAUAUUAUACAUCGGUCAAUGGCCAAGUUCUGCAUCACAGUUUAUCAAUGGUGAUGCGGUCGAAGAAUAUGGAUCUAGUAGACUGCUCGAACAGAUAAAUAGGAGGAAUUGUUUUCUUGAUCAGUGGGAUUGGGAUAUCGUAACAUCUGUAAUUACCUAAUGUUUUCUGUGCAUAUAUAACAUAUGCUAUAAUUUCCAGCAUACCCCCUUGAGCGUGGUAUUAUUUUUAACAUUUGGAAAUUCUCAUAGCAAACUGAGAUCUGAUUGCGGAACUAUUACAUAUUUUCUGUACUAUUCUUGCCAAAGACUGGGAAUGCCAUUUUAUUAAUUGUUUGAA